AUGAGUUUGGCCUGGGUCACCACUUUGGAGAAGGAGCAUCUCUGGAUGUAUCUGCAGGCACUCGGCUUCAAGCUGGGCUCGGCGACCGUAGCCUGUGGAAAGAUGGUGUCACACACGCACCUCGGAGUGAACAUGUUUGACAAGUUGAACCGUGAGGCCUUUCAAAUAGUUUCUUAUUUUUUGUUUCAAAUGCUUGACCAGUCUCUCAGUAAAGAAGUGUUCAAGCUUUGUUGGCCUCCAUUUGACCAAAAAAGUGAUACUGAAUUCCGAAAACAUUGCUGUGAAUGGUUAAAAAAGAUUUCUGCUGAAUGUGGAAGUAGCUUUCCUCCAGUUGUGGGUUCACUAUUUCUUUCUUCUGGUGGUCCUAAGUUUAUUCAUUUGAUGUAUCACUCUGCAAGAUUUGUUGCAAUAAAAAAUAUAAAAACCCAUUCUAAAAAUUCUGUACAUUUUACAGAGACAUUUAAUGUAAAGCCACAAAAUUUGCACAAGUGCAUUGCCAGAUGCCAUGUAGCACGUAACAGAUUUUUACAAAUUUUGCAGAGAGAAGAUUGUGUUACCUGAAAAUGCCAGGAAAAUGCACAAUUGUCAGUUAAACAAGCACGAAAUUUGAGAUCAGAAUGUAUAGGACAGCAAAACCAAAUUAAAAAAAUGGAACCCUAUGAUGACCAAAGUAAUAUACAAGAGAAAAUUCAAAAGGUUCGGUCUUUGUGGGCUUCAGUGAAUGAAACAUUCAUGUUUUUGGAAAGAGAAGUUGUUAAUUCAGUCCUUAGUCUUGUUAACCAAUAUACUUUAGAUGGAACUAAUGUUGCUAUCAAUAUUCCAAGGCUCUUACCUGACAAAAUUGAGAAAAAAAUGUGUCAGUUGCACAUAGGAAAUGUUUAUGAGGCUGGAAAAUUGAAUCUCUUAACAGUUAUUCAGUUAUUAAAUGAAGUCUUGAAAGUAAUGAAAUGUGAACAUUGUCAGGCUGACCAAGCAAGACUGACAAUAGACCUUCACUUCCUUGAAAAAGAGACCAAAUUUCAGAGAGAAAGACUGUCAGAUCUGAAACAUAUGAGGUAUAAAAUAAAAGAAGAUCUCACAACUAUAAGACAUUCUAUUGUUGAAAAACAAGAAGAAUGGCAUAAAAUUUGGAAAGAAUUUCUCGGCCUGUCUCCUUUCAGUCUAAUUAAAGGUUGGACUCCAGCUGUGGAUCUUUUACCACCUAUGUCUCCCCUUUCGUUUGAUCCUGCCUCAGAAGAAGCAUACGCGAAGAGUAUUCUUUUGCAGUACCCUGCUUCACUUCCAGAUACAUCUAAGCAACAUAUCCAGGAAAAUGAUUGCAGAAGGGCAAGUGAUACGCUGGAAACUAAAUGUGAUCUAGCCAAGAGCCCUGCUUCUUUCCUGUUACAGCUCAUUUCACCAUCAGAUAGAAACAGUGUUACACUACUUGAAAAGGACAGGAAGUUGACAUCUUCUAGAGAGAAAAAUGAAACAGUUUCUAAGAAAACACCAGAAUUUGAAGUGGAAGACUCUUCAUCAUCCCAUAUUGCAAAGAGUAGUGCAUUUGGAGGGUCUCUGCCAGCUAAAAGUGAUCCGUUCCAAAAAUAGCAAGAUCAUCUGGUAGAAGAGGUUGCAAGGGCAGUUUUAUCUGAUUCACCACAACCUUCUAAAGGAAAAGAAGUAAUGUUAGAGGAACUAAUUGACUCUCUAGUUUCUAACCUGUUCUUAACAAGGAAUCAAGUUCCUUGAACUCCAGAAAACCUGAUAAGUGAUAUUAGGAGCUCAUGGAGAAAAACUGUUAAAAUAGAAGAAAACAGAAGUACAGAACCAAUUCAGAUGGAUACUGAACAUAGAGAAGUGUUGCCAGAAUCCUUACCUGUGGUGCAUAAUCAAAAAGAGUUUAACAGGGCCAGUUUUUUCUCAGCAACCACUGUGUCCGAUUCUAGCCAUUCUCAUUUGCCUGAAGAGAAAGUUGUUUCAGAUUGCCUGAAGUGUGUGCUUCAGAAACCUGUGGUGACCAGUUACAUAGGUGAACCAACAAAACAAAAUCUGUCAGAUUUGUUAAAUAAGGACAUAAUUUGUAAGCAAGAUUUGGAAUGUACAGCUUUACAGAACAAGCUUUUAGAAACUAGCCAAAUAGAGACAUUCUCCCCUGCUGUAGGCAAUAGGAGAGAUGUGAUAGGUAGCAGUGAAGAAUAGUAUAUUAAAAUAUCAGACUCGAAAGCUUUUUACAGAGAUCUGUCCAUGCAUAAAAGUAUGUUAUGGAACUCUUUUCAGGUAUCAAGUGGAAUUAGUUCCAGUUUUAAAGAUAGUGAUUUUGGCAUAUUACAUGAAACUCUUCCAGAAGAAGUUGGUCAGUUAAGUCUUAAUAGCUCCAGUAGUACAGAGGCCAAUUUUAAACUGGAAGCAAAUAGUCCUAUGCACAGUGGCAUUUUCCCAGAAGGUGUUGUGGAAGGAAGACAAACUACUCCAGAAUCAGACUUUAAUUUACAGGCUACUUGCAGUGGAUAUGAAGCUCUGAAGAAAUCUCUGUCCAAGCAAAGGGAAGAAAUUUGCCUCUCUAAUCCUGAAACAGUUGAAAGCAAACCUGAAUUGAGCCUUACUUCCCAAUACAUGCAAACUGAUGAUAUGCUUAACUGUUUGGGCACUCAUGAUUUGCACACUGACUAUACAAAACCAUCUUCAUGCAUGUCCCUUAAUGAAAGAAAACGGUCUCUUUCACCACUAAUUAGGUUUUCUCCAGUGGAACAAAGAUUGAGAACCACAAUACCAUGUAGUCUUGGAGAACUUCUACCUAAUUUAACAGUCAGUUUUGCUGAAGAAGAAAUCUUGAAUAAGAGCCUUGAUGCAAAAGAAUCUCCAUCUGACUUGAAAGAUGAAGCAGUAGCCCAGUCAGUUUAACUAUGAUGAACUUAAGUUGAAGCAGUGUCACGGGAUAAAAACUGAUUUGUAAUUUAAAUACACAUUGUGAGUGUAACUGUUUUUCAAGGUCUAAAAAAGUCCUAAAUAAUGCUUUUUAGCCUUCUCUGCUGAUUUUAGGUAAGGAGAGUAUGUUUGGAUUUUCUCUCUUUGUAUGGAUAUGGGGUGAAAUGUGAAGUAUUUCGAAAGCAAACAAGUUACGAGAAGCCAUUUUGAUUUCUUUUUUGUUGUUGUUAGUUUCUGCUUUAUAACAAAGUGAAUCAGUUAUAUAUAUACAUAUGUUCCCAUAUCUCUUCCCUCUUGCGUCUCCCUCCCUCCCACCCUCCCUAUCCCUCCCCUCCAGGUGGUCACAAAGCACCGAGCUGAUCUCCCUGUGCUAUGCGGCUGCUUCCCACUAGCUAUCUGUUUUACGUUUGGUAGUGUAUAUAUGUCCAUGCCACUCUCUCACUUCAUCCCAGCUUACCCUUCUCCCUCCCUGUGUCCUCAAGUCCAUUCUCUAGUAGGUCUGUGUUUUUAUUCCUGUCUUACCCCUAGGUUCUUCAUGACAUUUUUUUUUCUUAAAUUCCAUAUAUGUGUUAGCAUAUGGUAUUUGUCUUUCUCUUUCUGACUUACUUCACUCUGUAUGACAGACUCUAGGUCUAUCCACCUGAUUACAAGUAGCUCAAUUUUGUUUCUUUUUCUGGCUGAGUAAUAUUCCGUUGUAUAUAUGUGCCACAUCUUCUUUAUCCAUUCAUCCGAUGAUGGACACUUAGGUUGUGUGUAAUCUUGUAAGCAUGAAAUAAAUGGCAAAGUAUUAGGUUAACUAAUUCAUUAUGUUCUAGUUUCAGUUAAUUAACAUAAGGAUGAGUAGUUUUUGAUGUGUUUUAUUAAGUGGUUAACUUAAUAGCCAUUGGAUAUACUGAUCUUUCUUUUUAGGGAAAUAAACAACUUUUAUUGUUUCUUUUUAGAACAUUCUGGUACUAAACAAAAAAAAUGAGGAAAGUAAUGCUUUGGGGUGUAUAAUCAAAAUGACAAAGUUUAAGUUUGGGAAAGCUCUAAAGAGGCUUAAUGAUUAUUCACGUAGGUUGAUCCUGAAAAAUGAUGUUUGAUGGAAUAAAGUGCAUGUGAUGAUAGUGAAGACUGGAGCAGAAUGAAUUUAGGAAAAAGGAAAAAGGUGGAAGAUGACUAGAUACUUUUGAGGGAUGCUAACUAUAAAUCCUUUCAGUGGGUUGUAUAGCAGUUUUAUAUUUAGUCUAAUUUAGACUUUGAGAAUUUAACUCUAGUUUUUUAUUUUAACAGAAAAAAUGUAAAUUAAAAAAUUAGUCUGUGUUUGGUUUUUUUUGGAGGGGCACUGUUUUGGGAGAAGGGAGCUAUUUUUUUUUUAAAUUUUUUAUUGGAGUAUAGUUGCUUUGCAAUGUUGUGUUGGUUUCUGCUGCACGGUGAAGUGAAUCAGCCAUGCGCAUACACACAUCCCCUCCCU